GGUGUCCGGAUCGGCCCCGAGGUGGACCCGGUGUCUCCGCUGCGUGGCCGCCUGCUGCUGAUGGACAUGGUGGAUGCUGAACAGGAGGUGCCGGUGGAAGGCUGGAUUGCGGUGGCCUACGUGGGCAGGGAGCAGGCGGCCCAGUUCCACCAGGAGAAACCGGGCAGCAGCCCCCAGGCCUAUCCCAAAGCCCUGGUCCAGCAGAUGCAGCGAGCCCUCUUCCUGGGAGCCUCUGCCCUGCUUCUCCUCAUCCUGAACCACAACGUGGUCCGAGAGCUAGACAUAUCCCAGCUUCUGCUUAGGCCAGUGAUCGUCCUUCAUUAUUCUUCCAACGUCACCAAGCUGUUGGAGGCACUGCUGCAGAGGACCCAGGCCACUGCUGAGAUCACCAGCGGAGAGUCCCUGUCAGCCAACAUCGAGUGGAAGCUGACCCUGUGGACCACCUGUGGCCUCUCCAAGGAUGGCUAUGGUGGCUGGCAGGACCUGGUGUGCCUGGGAGGCAGCCGUGCCCAGGAGCAGAAGCCCCUGCAACAGCUGUGGAAUGCCAUCCUGCUGGUGGCUAUGCUCCUGUGCACCGGCCUCGUGGUCCAGGCUCAGCGGCAGGCUUCACGGCACAGCCAGCGUGAGCCAGGAGCCCAGGUGGACCUGUUCAAGCGCCGCGUGGUGCAGAGGCUGGCGUCCCUCAAGACCCGGCGCUGCCGUCUAAGCAGGGCCGCACAGGGCCCCCGGGAGCCGGGCGCCGAGACCUGUGCUGUGUGUCUAGACCAGUUCUGCCACAAGCAGUGGCUCCGGGUGCUGCCCUGUAAGCAUGAGUUUCACCGAGACUGCGUGGACCCCUGGCUGCUGCUGCAGCAAACCUGCCCGCUGUGCAAAUUCAACGUGCUGGGAAACGGCUACUCAGAUGAUUAG